AUGUCAAAACGAUACAAAAAGAAGAAUAAAGACAACAAAGCCAAUAAGAAUCUGUCACAGUCCUGUCAACCCAAAAGUAGCAGCAAGGAUUCGACUAGCUUGAACAAGGAUAAGACAUUGACUAUAAGCUGUGAUAAAGGCAGCACCGUGGGUUAUAUGAAUAGUACCAUUAAGUCAAACAUUAUACGAAGAGCUCCUGAUAAUGUUAUCGAUUCGCCAACACCAUCCCAUCAAUCACCAGCAGGUUCUAUGGCCACUAAGAAGCCACAACCAAUAGAUCAUAAGCCAGUACUAAAGACAAAACAACUACUCUCAAGUUAUGACGACUGCUCGUAUAGUUCGCAGACAGUUUCUCUCGAUGAAAAAAUGUAUAAUAUGCAAUAUGAGAUCGAUAAAAAACAUGACGAAGACCAGACUUUACUUUCCGAGUUAUAUCAUGCUUUAACGUAUAUCAGGGCUAUUGAUUUUGAGGAGGAGCACCAAGAAUGA